GGCCUGUCCCCUCAGAUUGAAGUCUCUCCUUGGACUGUCCACAGCCUUGGGCACCAGAAUCAUAGCUUUCUCCCAGAAUAAUGAGGUCUCCUUGGUGCCCUCUGAGAGCCUGGGAAAGGGGCAAAAUUUUGCAUCAGAUCUUCCAGGGGAAGCCAAGACAUUUGGGCCCUCAACACCACCAUGAGUGAGGCCUUCGACUGUGCCAAGUGUGGAGAGUCCCUGUAUGGUCGGAAAUACAUCCAGGCAGAGGGUGGUCCCCAUUGUGUUCCCUGCUAUGAUGGCACCUUUGCCAACACAUGUGCCGAAUGCAAGGAGCUUAUUGGACAUGACUCUCGGGAACUGUUCUAUGAAGAUCGCCACUACCACGAAGGCUGCUUCCGCUGCUGCCGCUGUGAGAAGUCCCUAGCAGAUGAGCCCUUUACUUGCCAGGACAACGAGCUCUUGUGUAAUGAGUGUUACUGCAGCGCCUUCUCUUCUCAAUGUUCAGCCUGUGGGGAGACCGUCAUGCCUGGGUCUCGGAAGCUAGAGUACGGGGGUCAGACCUGGCAUGAACACUGCUUCCUCUGCAGCGGCUGUGAGCAGCCUUUAGGCUCCAGAUCCUUUGUGCCCGACAAGGGCGCUCAUUACUGUGUGCCCUGCUAUGAAAGCAAAUUUGCCCCUCGAUGUGCCCGCUGCAGCAAGACACUAACACAGGGUGGAGUGACUUACCGUGACCAGCCCUGGCACCGGGAGUGCCUGGUCUGCACCGGAUGCCAAACCCCCCUGGCUGGCCAACAGUUCACAUCCCGGGAUGAUGACCCCUACUGUGUGAAUUGCUUUGGGGAGCUCUAUGCACCGAAAUGUAGCAGCUGCAAGCGGCCCAUCACAGGACUUGGCGGGGGCAAGUAUGUGUCAUUUGAGGACCGUCACUGGCACCACAGCUGUUUCUCCUGUGCCCGCUGCUCAACCUCCCUCGUGGGCCAGGGAUUCAUACCUGAUGGAGAUCAAGUUCUUUGCCAAGGAUGCAGCCAAGCUGAUCUCUGAGGGAGCCUCCCCGGCUGGGGAUCUCCCAGGAUACUCCCAUCUCAAAACUGGGGUCUCCUAUAAACCCAAAUGUCCCCUUGGCUGUCUCAUCCCCAACCCAGGGUGCCCCCAUUCCCACAGCUCCCCAAACCCAGAUCAGGAGGUAGUGAGGUGCCUGUUGCUGGAAGUCUUCAAGCAGAGGCUGGAAGAUCAUCUUAUUCAGGAUGUUGUCAAGCAAUCUUCCUGCUCAGGCAGGGAUUGGACUUAAUGACCUCUGAGGUCCCUUCUAGCUCUAGGAGUCUGUGGAACCCGAGACCCUCACCCAGGACCUCCUACCCUGCCUGAAUUCUAACCUGCCAGUCUCUAACCAAAGGUCCUUAAACAUGAGACCACUCCUGCCCCCAACAAACCCAGGACCUGGGGCCUCAGAACCCAAAGAGUUUCUUCCUCUCUGAGGGCCCCAAGCCCAGGCCCUAUCAACAGAGACCUGACACAGCUCCUCCCUGCCCUUAUCUGUCUGAGGCUGCCUUGACUGAGAACUGAAGGGGGGAGGAAUUGGGGAUCAAGUAGAGAAGGAUGACCAGGGCCUUAAUUAGGGGCAGGGGAGUAAGGGGGAAGGGGGAACCUUUCAUCCUCCCUCCCCUUUCUUGCUUCUUGCAAUAAAAGUGUGGUGAAA